AUGGAUUUCAUGAUAAAACUCUUCGUCUCACUAUUACUCUUCUUUUUCUCUUCUCUCCUCUUUGGAGAAAUCAAUGGAGUUGAGAGUUCAAAUCAUCAUCAUCAUUAUCACUUGUACAGUCCAAAGAAGCUGUUUGUGUUCGGAGACUCUUAUGCCGAUACCGGAAACACAAAGGAGCCUCGCGCUGUGUCAUGGAGAAUCCCUUACGGUAUCACUUUCCCCGGUAAACCCUCUGGCCGUUUCUCUGACGGCCGAGUCUCCACCGAUUUUUUAGAUUACGCGGGAGAGAAACGGUUACAAUACGGAAUGAAUUUUGCUUACGGAGGAACAGGAGUCUUCAACACUCAAGUUACAUUUCCCAAUAUGACCACUCAGAUCAAUCUCUUCGAGCAGCUCCUCGGCGAUGUCUACUCUCCAUCUGACCUUUCUUCUUCCCUCGCUCUCGUCAGCGUUGCUGGCAACGACUACUCCGACUACCUCUCCCUAAAUCUCUCCAUAGCUGCCAUCCCAGCAUUCAUAAAUCAAGUGGUGGAUCAAACAGAGGUGAAUUUGAGGCGAAUCCAUGCAUUGGGAGUCAAAAAGAUUGUCGUACCAACGCUGCAACCGCUCGGAUGUCUCCCACUCUACACCCUCUCCGCCUCGUUCCAGGGUUGCAACGACACUUUUAACACGUUGGUUAGCUACCACAACAGCUUGUUGCUGCAAGUAGUGGCCAAGCUCAACAACGAGACCAAUCAUUCCACUUUCAUCGUCUUUGAUUUCUAUAACGCCUUCUUGACCGUUUUCAAGAACAAAGGAGAAUAUCCAGGGAGUACGAAAUUUGAAACACCGUUGAAACCGUGUUGCGAAGGAAGUUGUGGGCAUGUGGACGAGGAGGGUACGGAGAAGUAUAUAUUAUGUGAUGAUCCAGAGUCUGCUUUCUCUUGGGAUGGACUUCACCCUACUCAGGAAGGAUGGAAAUCUGUUUACUCGGUUUUAAGCAAAAAUCUAACCUCGUCUUUGAUUAAACCGUAA